GACAAUCCUGCCUGCCUGCCCAUCUGUUCUUUUCCCCUCCCCUUUUGAAUCCUAUCGAUGCAAUUGCUCGCUUGGGGGUACUGUCUGUUCCAGCAUUGACCUGUCUUCCAGCAAUCCAGUCCUCCUUUCUCUCUGGAACUGGAUUUCCUCCCAAGGAAGUCAUGGCGCGUCUCGGCCGCGUUGGGUUUCUUACCCUCGCGGUAGUAUUCCAUCUCAUAUAUGCUUAUUCGAUCUUUGACAUUUAUUUCGUCAGCCCGAUCGUGAGUGGCAUGAGAUCAUACCGGGUGGAGCGAGAACCCAAUACCGCCGCCCCGGCUCAACGUCUCUUCCUCUUCGUUGCAGAUGGCUUGCGCGCUGAUAAAGCAUUCCAAGCAUUCCCUGACCCAGAUGCCUCCCCGGAGGCCGAGAACGAUGACCCGAUCUACCUGGCGCCUUAUAUUCGCUCCCGCGUGCUUUCCCACGGAACCUUCGGUAUUUCGCACACCCGAGUGCCCACCGAAUCGAGACCCGGGCACGUUGCGCUUAUCGCCGGCCUAUACGAAGAUGUGUCUGCCGUGACCACCGGGUGGAAGCUGAACCCGGUCAAUUUUGACAGUGUCUUCAACCGAAGCCGGCAUACGUGGAGCUGGGGCAGUCCGGACAUUCUGGCCAUGUUCCAGGAGGGGGGCGUUCCGGGAAGAAUUGAUGCGGACAUGUACAGUGAAUCGGUCGAGGACUUUACGUCGGAUGCGACACAGCUGGAUAUCUGGGUUUUUGAGAAGGUCAAGGAGCUUUUUGAAUCCGCCAAGACCGAUCCGGAAUUAGAUGCACAGCUUCGCGACGACAAGCUUGUGUUUUUCUUACAUCUCCUCGGUCUCGAUACCACCGGCCACGGUUUCCGUCCCUACUCGAAGGAAUACCUGCAUAAUGUCAAGGUGGUGGACAAGGGGGUACAGGAAAUCACCAAACUGGUGGAGGAGUUCUACGCGGACGAUAAGACGGCGUUUAUCUUCACUGCUGAUCAUGGCAUGAGCGAUUGGGGUAGCCACGGGGACGGUCAUCCCGAUAACACGCGGACACCUCUAGUUGCUUGGGGUUCCGGCGUCGCGAGCCCGAGAUAUACUCGGGACGGUAUCCCGACUGGACACGAGGACGGCGUUUCGUUCGACUGGGGUCUUGAUGAGAUUCAGCGCAACGACGUCGCGCAGGCUGAUGUCGCCGCUCUCAUGGCCUACUUGGUUGGACUGGAUUUCCCCACCAAUUCCGUCGGCCAGUUGCCGUUGGAUUACCUGGAUGCAAGCCCCAAAGAGAAGGCACUUGCUUCUCUUGCAAACACGCAAGAGGUGUUGGAGAUGUAUCGCGUGAAGGAGGAGCAGAAGAGGGCCGCGGUGUUGCGCUACGUGCAAUUUGAACCCCUCGCGGAUGACGGCGAGACUUCCGUCGAGGACUAUCUCGAGCAGAUUAAGACUUUGAAUGCAAAUGGCCUGUACAAGGAGUCGAUCGACUUGUCCUCUUCGCUGUUGGUCACGGCCUUGGAAGGCCUGCGCUAUUUACAGACGUAUGACUGGCUCUUCCUGCGGACAAUCAUCUCGUUCGGCUACCUGGGCUGGAUCGCGUAUGCCUUGACGACGGUCAUAGAUCUCCAUGUGCUGCAUGGGACCGCCGAUGCGAAUCGGACCCUGGCGAGCACUAUUUUCUUCUCGUCUAUUCUUGUCGCUCUCUUUUCAGUCUUUCUGUACCAGGGAUCCUCCUGGCGUUACUACUUCUACGGGUUCUUCCCCGUCUAUUUCUGGGAAGAAGUCUUUGCUCGUCGCAAAGCUCUCGUCGCAGGUCGUCAGAUUCUCCUGGGUCAUAUCCAUUCUGCCACCGGGGUUUUGGGACUCGUCUUGCAGUCUCUGGUGUAUGUGGGCGUGUUGGAGGCCCUGGUGCAAUCUUAUUUCCACCGCGAAAUUUACACGGUCUGCUUUCUGCUGGGAGCCUUUUGGCCCCUGUUCUACGGGACCAAGGUUGUCAAGGCAAACAAAUUUCUUUCUGCCUCGUGGGCUAUUGGCUGUGGCUUGAUGAGUACUUUCACUCUGCUGCCAGCCAACAAGGAGGAGGACAUUAGCACGAUAACCUACGGGGCCCUGUUGAUGUUUUUCACCGGCCUGCUGUAUCUUCUAUUUGAAGACAGUAUCUUGCGACAAAGCAAAACCCCCGCACAGUCCGCCGUCAGCUGUGGCUCCCGGACAAUCAUGGGGACUCAGCUCGGCAUGGUCUUGCUGGCCCUGAUCGUUACCCGGUCUAGCGCCACCUCUCUCCAGGCCAAGCAGGGUCUUCCAUUCGGGAACCAGGUGGUUGGAUGGGUUGUCUUGGUUUCCUCGCUUCUGCUACCAUUCUUUCACCGACUAUACCCCAACAGCCAUUACCUGCACCGGCUGAUGGUCAUCUUCCUGACCUUCUCCCCGACGUUUAUCAUCCUCACCAUCUCCUACGAGGGCCUGUUCUACUUCGUCUUCUGCAUGACGCUGAUCACAUGGGUUCGGCUGGAACAUGCCGUUUACGUGCACACCGCUGCGCCUCCAGCGGCGGAGAAUCCAGGCGCAGGCACGGAGCCAGAGGUGCCCAAGAAAGCUAGUCGGGAGUCCACGGCUAUCGUGCAGGGCCAAGCGUACCAGUACCGGGCGCUGAGUCUUUCGGACGCACGUGUGGCCCUCUUUUUCUUCUUCCUGCUCCAAUCCGCCUUCUUCAGCACCGGCAACAUCGCGUCGAUCUCCUCGUUCUCGCUGGACAGCGUCAACCGGCUCAUCCCGAUCUUCAACCCGUUCAGCCAGGGCGCCCUGCUCAUCCUGAAGCUUCUGAUUCCGUUUGCGAUCAUCAGUGCCAACCUGGGGAUCCUGAACCGCCGGCUGGAAGUGGCGCCCAGCGCGCUGUUCAUGGUGGUGAUGUCCAUCUCGGACGUCAUGACGCUGAACUUCUUCUACAUGGUGCGCGACGAGGGGUCGUGGCUGGACAUCGGCACGACGAUCAGUCACUUCUGCAUUGCCAGUUUCCUGUGCACGUUCGUGGCGGGGCUGGAGUUCUUGAGCGAGGCAUUCAUCAGCGGGGUUCAGUUUGGCCCCGGCGCCAGAGCUGCCACGGACGGUGCUUCUCCCGAGAAAACCGAGGGAGCGGAGGCGAAAAAGACGCGGUAGGCGUGGGGAGCGAAGGAUCGUACUGCGUAUCAGUUGCCGGGGGAGGCGCGUCAUAAUGAAAUGUAUAUGUGUGAUAUAGACCGCUUAGCUGCAUUGGAAUAAUAAUAAGCAGACGCAUUCUAGACGAGUGAACCGAGGCAUCACGAGCCACCAAGCUUU